UUAGGAUGUUUCCAGAAAAGCGUAGCCUACCAGAAGAUGACUGAAAAAACCACAAUGACACAUCUCUUAUCCCACCUCAAAUGAAGUCGUCGCGCAUUCUACUUGGACCAUCUCUCCUUCUCUCUCUCUUAGUCUCUUUUUCUCUUUCUCUCCUCCCCGUUCCUUUCCGAAGCGCAUCGCCCGCGUCACCCCCAGCGCUGCCCCCUCCCACCGGGACCGGAGGAAAAAAAGGGGGGGGUAGGCGACGGUACGGCAGAGCGGGGGCAGGCGGGGGGAGAGCCAGGCGAAGCAGGCACAAGUCCCACAGGCUCCUCGGCGCUCGGGUGGACGGAUGUAUCAUGACGCGAUGAUUCUGGCCGGAGCGGCGCCUCUGACUGUCCGCGUGGAACAGGUGGCUACUGUCCCUACUGUCCGCUGCUACGACCGGAGAUUGACCCGCGAAGUCCCGCCUGCCGUCCACCUGCCGAGCCUGACCCCCGACCUCCUUCGAUGUCCCGCUGUCCUCUGAUGUAUUAUAGAAGCCUUCCUUGGAUGUUGGAUGGAGAACAGGUCGAAUGUCCGCUGGAACGAUCGUGAUAACCGGGGGAAUACUGGCCGGAGUCAUCCUGCUGUGCAUCAUAGCGGUGCUCUGUUACUGUAGACUCCAGUACUACUGCUGUAAGAAGCCUGAGGCGGAGGUGGGCCUGGGCUCUCUGGGGGCCGACCCUCUCUCUCACUUCCCCUGCGACGCCUGCGCCGCUCUGGAGAUGGACGGGACCGACAUCACCCCCGUGUCCCUGGACCAGCUGUGCACCCCCUCGCCCCUGUCGCCCCUGUCCCCCGCCUCCCCCCUCAGCCUGUGCCCCUCCUGCUCCCCGGGACUGGCCCACCACCACGAGCUGCUCAACGGGGGCGAGCGGCUGGGCUUCCACACCUACUACGAGCCCCCGUCCCACGGCUCCACCCUGCCGCACACGCCCUCCCCCCUCAGCCUGAGUUUCUACGGGUCUUCGGAGAUGUUCCCCCCUCCCCCGCCCCCGCUCCAGUCCUACAGCACGGAUGUUUGACUGCCACAAGACGGACAAUUCCAGCACACUCACACGCACUGCAAAAAAGAGGGUGAUUUACGUUUGAGGAAAUGACUUGAAUUCUGAAUAUUUGUUUUUAAAGCUCCUAUAUGACACAAAAUUGACUCUUGUGAGCUUUAAGUCAUGUUAAAAUGUUGUUACCUCCUCAAAAACAGACCUGGAGUUGUGUUUUGUUUCAUUCACACGUUUGAGUUUUCGUCUCCAAAGCUCUAAAUGCUCUGUUCCACCUUGUGAUGUUAUGAAUCUGUAGUUUUCAAGUGAACAGCUGCAUUUUACCUUUUAUUCACUGGAGUUUGGAUAUUCCUGGGGUGAAAUCCAAAUGAUUCUGGUGAAAGUGUAUGGAGUUUGUUUCUGUUUGUGACAAGAAACCAGCCUAUAAAUGCAGAAUUUUUGUUUUAAACACGUGUUUUGUUUCAUAAAACCAACUCCAGGUCUGUUUUUGACGAAGAAAGAACAUUAUAACGUAGAUUGGAAAAGCGUGUAAUAUACGCUCUUUAAGUAGCUUGAACAAUUUUUUUUUUUUAACUUGGCUAUUACAGAUUUUUCCUUUUAACAUUAAGCUCAAUCAUCUGUCAGAGGAGUGAGGAAAUAGCACUCAAAAUAACACAAAUGUAACUUUCUCAUUGUUAAUCAUCUUACUUCAACUUAAAGUGGAACUAAACACUAAAUUAACUUUUAGUGUGACUAAACCAGAGGUGGGCAAACUGCGGCCCUUUAAUCUUUUUAAUCUGGCCCGCCGAACUUGAAUAAAUAACAAAUAAAAUACAACAAUAAUAAUAAAAAAAAAAAAAAAACUUGUUAAUGUUUUAUUUUUCCUGCAAUUCCAGCAUUUACCAAUAGAGGGCACUUUAGAUACAUUCACCUUUAUCGAGGUUCGUCGUAUUACGAUGCAUUCAGAUUAUGCUGUACUGACCCCUAAACCCUUCUGUAAAGAUAGAGAAUGUCGAGCGGAUAACUAAAUAUUUUUUUACUGAACACCGAUCAACUGCUGUAUGCCCGAUAUGCAAAGAGACUGUUGCGGUUUUUAAAGAAUAUAAUAUCAGCCGACGCUUUACCACAAAACAUGCUGACGAUGCUGGCAGGAAGUCAGAGAAAGUCAUAUCCCAUGUUAUUUUUUUCUCUUAUAAGGUGGUUUACCAAAAAACUCCCUCCAUCUCCUCCUGGUCCGACUCUUCCGUCAAAUUUUAGAACUCUUUGUGUCCCACGAGUCAAAAAGUUUGCCCACCCCUGGACUAAACUGUGUACAUGGUGUUUUAAUAGAACUGUUUACUGUUCCUUGUCAUUUGUAGCUUUGUGGUUAAAAACAUACAAAAACUAAGUGAGUGUGCUGCAUGCUGUGGCCCUUUCAGUUUGAAGUACUUUGUGACAUUACGCAUGACUGCCCUGGUUAAGGAGCGGGGUUUGAAGUGUGGAUACUUGUUGGACCAAUCACACUGUACCUCAUAAGUUCAGACCACGCCCCUCCCCCGCUCUCACGCUCUGCUUCAGUCCACACACACACUGCCAGUCUAACAGCUCUAGUUUCACUGUAGCUGUGGGCAGAGUUUAGGCGUUUAGUCCCACUUUAAACAAUCAAACAGUGAAUCAAACUACUACAUAUUCUGAAUUCAAGUUAUUUCAAUAUGGAAGAUAAUUUGUUUCAUCAGAUUUUGAGUUUUAAAUGCCACAUGUCUGAAUUAUUUUUAUUCUGAAUUUUAGUUGCUGUAAUUGUAAGUGUACAUUUUCAAAGUGUUUGAAUUUUGACUGUAGAAUUUGAGGGCCGAAAGGACGAGAUCACAGAUACAAGUGGGCAAGUCCCACCAGAAGGAGGCCCCAGGACACGCUGGAGGGACUAUGUCUCUGGGCUGGCCUGGGAGCGCCUUGGGGUCACCCUGGAGGAACUGGAGGAAGUGUCUGGGGUGAAGGAAGUGUGAGAGUCCCUACUUAGACUUCUGCCCCUGUGCCCCUGGAUAAGCGGAAGAAAAUCGAUGGAUGGAAUUUGAAGGCUUGAAUAUAUUUGUACUGAAUAUUUAAAAGGUGAAAUCUUAAUUUUGUAUUUGAAAUAUACUGAAAAAGUAUACUUAAAAUUUCAGCAGCUAAAAUUCAGAAUAAAAAGAAUUCAGUUCAUUUUUCAGAUUUCAAAAAUUCAAAGUGAGAAAUUCAGCGGUAUUUAAAAUUUAAAAUCCGAUGGAACAAAUUAUCUUCCACAUUUUAACUUCAGAUGUUGCAGUGCUACAAUGACGCUGUACAGCACACAGAAAUGAAGCCACAACUGUUUGUGAGGUGUGUUCAAAUAGAUUUUUUUUCUAUAACUAAUUUCAAUUUUGUUUUGACAGUUCACAGUUCACAAUGCCAAUAAUUAUAACAUUGUUUAAAAACAUAAGCUUAAUGAUUAUACAGACACUCGAUAAAUAAGGGGACUGUGGAAGUGCAGUUUCUACAUUUCAAGUAGAUUUAGCACAAAGUAAGUUUUUAUUAUUUAUGGAGAUUACACAGUAUUGGUUUGUAUUCAAAUGUUAAAGGUGCACUAUGUAACUUUUUAGUUGGGGGUCCGUCACCUGCUUGUUUCUAUGGAUAUGUCAUUGCUCUGCCUGGAAAGUUCCACAGUGUGACAUUAAACAGUUCUACCUUACAUUUAUUCGAUUACAGGUGGUUUUAUUAGCCAGGCUGGCGCCACCUAGUGCCUCCGCUCAGUUUAAUUUCUCUUCAGCGACUAGGUCAGGAAUCAAAUACACUAGACAGUUUGCAAGAACCCCGGAAGUGCGAGUUCGGGCACCAGCCAAUCAGCGAAGAGCCAUACAUUCUGUGUUGGCAACGAUUCCUGAGAUUGAGGAUUUAAAGCUGGAACAAAGAGAAGGUUUAGUGAAUUUUGUCAAGGGGAAAGACGUUAUUGCUCUUCUUCCUACGGGAUUUGGGAAAAGCUUAAUAUACCAGUUAGCCCCAGUAUUACAUGCAUUACAUCGCCACGACCAAAUAGCAACGAUUGGUUAAAUUUAAAAAAAAGUACCCGCCUACCGUUGAGUGAACGAAUCCUAAUGCUGUGAGGUCAGACUGUUUCCACAAAGUGAAACCGGCUGAUGACUCGGGCUAUGGUUUUAUAGCUCAAAAAUAUAAAGAAAAACAGACAUUCUGAUUCUGAGCGGGGUCGCCUCUCCACAGAUCUGACCUGUAACUCGGUCUGCUUUGGUCUCUGUGAAGAUAGAAAGGUUUAAUGCCAAACUGUGAAACAUUCCAGACAAAGCAACAACAUCUGCACGGAAAAACACAUUUGACGAACCCUUCCAGCCACCAGAAAAGUUACACAAUACACCUUUAAAUAUAUAUAGAGGUAUUUAAUUAACUUUUUAUUACCUUUAAAUUGUAAUCAUCACAAACAUAAAUUUAAAUGCACUGGAUUUGAAAUACUAAAUGAAUCCCAACACAAUCUUUAGUAUGUUUUGGUGAGAGCACAAAGCAGAUUCACAUUUACGUCACUACUUCUCGAGAAACUUCGUAUUUUAAGUCUAGAGAAAUGAACUCGGAUUAAACUUUUUCAGCUGAAGUGAUGUGUGACAGCCUAUUUCUCUCCUCACAGUCUUAUUGAAACCAUAAAACUCUCCGGUCUUUCCCUUGGGAGCUGCUAAUUGUGAAAAAGACAUUCAAACUUGAGUGACAAUUUAAAGAGUCCCACUACGCUCCUCUGGGGUACCCCUAAGGGACCUCUAUAUUCAUCUUACCGCGCACUAAUAUGACCCAAUUGUGCCGUUACCUUGUUUUGUACGAAAUAUUUUAACAUAUUUAUUAUCCUGUUGUCAAUUCUAAUUUAAUUCUUUAAACCCAUGGCUCACUGGAGGCUUGAUGUGUGAUAAAAUGAGCGUCGGAAACAGACUUUAGAGACGCUUUAUUUCCAGUUUCGUGGUUAUGGCGGUAGUUUUCUGAGUGCUCCGUUUUACACCACAUGUUUAAAUCCUACUUUUACGAUGCUGAACCCAAAGCCAAAAUGAGAGGAGAAAAGGUUUAAUUAUAUAGUAGCUGGUAUUUUAAUUAUUGUCGCUGUAACCAACUACAUUAUUCAACAUUUAAUAAUUUCUUCACUUAUUUUUUGAAGGUGUAACUUUUUUUGUGAAGGGUUUGCCACCUGCUAUCCACAAUUAUCAACUUCCAAAAUUAGAUGAUACCAUACUUUGAGACAGGCACAAAGGUCAGUUUUUCCUACAGAUUCCAUUGUAAAAAAGAAAGAGAAAUAUCCAAAAAGUAAAUUCACAAAUGUUGAACCACAUCAUUGGCCUAUUGCUGUGUUUCAGAUUAAUUCACAACAUUCUAUAGACCAAUGUUAUUAAAUAUAUAUGGGGAGCGGCUAAAAUUAAUAUUGUUAAAAUGCAGAUUUUUGUUGCCAUACAGUGAAUUCUUGUGUCUAGACCAGGGGUGGGCAAUUAUUUUCAUUCACGCACCGCAAAAAGCAAUAUCUUGGCUUAAAUUAACUUGAUUUUAAGUGCAAAGAGUUGUUGUUUUUCUUAUCUGAAGUGUAGCAAGAUGUAUUUUUAUGUUUUAAGUACGAAAAAUCUUGGCAGAUCAUUUUACUUGUGAAAUUUACUCAAACUUUCAUUAAACUUUCUUAAUUCAAGUCAUCGUAACAUGGAUAGAUUUUAGUUUUUGCAUUGUGAGGCCAGAAAACAGAAAAUAUUGUGGAGGGCCGGGCCAAAAUGUCAAAAUGUCAGCUCAGUUCUGCAUAAUAUUUAUUGCAUUUCUUUAUAAAAAAGCAGUGAAUAGGAUUGUUUUGACAAGCUGGUGAGACUGGUAAGAGUUUAUGUUAUGACUAAGCAAUGAAAAAGUGAGGUUGCCUUACAAAAAAUGUCAUAAAAAACACCUCUAAAGUAAAAGCAAUGCUGUUUUAGUUCAUGCAGGAGGUAAAAUGAUAAAUUAUGUUUAUUUUGUAAUUCCAAAUUAGCUUAAAGGUUGUAUGGAGGAUUUUUUUUGUUUCAAAUUGUCAAUGAUAGCAUUAUAGAGGUGCAGUAGCCUUGUAAUUAUGAUGACCAAAAAAAAAGAGAAUAAAAAUUCAUCAACUCUGGACGUGGUGGGGCUAAACAUUUGCCAAUAGAUAACGACACUGCCUCGUUAUCUGUGAGCUGACAGGCUGUCAAUCAAACUCCCUACGUUUCUAGCGUAACUGACUUGCCUGCGCGCUGCCGUUACGUGGUUUACGUACACCUGUCACGCAGUCCACAGACGCAAGACGCACAGACGCUGUUUACUCCACCAA